AUGGCAUCGAUUCGAUGGUUACUUCAGAAACCUCUUCAUCUCAUGAGGUCUACAAUCACUCGACAACUUCACCCUUCGUUGGCAACUCAGACACGACUCGAAACGACAGCCGCAACGCCUCCUCCAUCCGUGAAGCCAACGAUCAAAGCUCAGGAUCCGGUGAAACGGAAACAGUUGACCGAAUUCGGGGUCUAUUUAGCGGAAUGUGUGCCAAAGUAUGUGCAGAAAAUACAAUUAACACAUUGCGACGAACUCGAGGUCCUGAUCGCUCCCGAAGGAGUGGUUCCAGUGAUUCACUUCCUCAAAGACAACCACUCGUCGCAGUUCACAAACCUGACGGACAUCUGCGGCGUGGAUGUGCCCACUCGUCAGUAUAGGUUUGAAAUCGUUUACAACUUACUAUCGCUUCGGUAUAACUCGCGGAUCCGCGUCAAGACAUACACCGAUGAGUUGACGCCCAUUGAG